UGAAAGAGUUCUUUUGGAAGACUGUCCAGCAAGAUGUCCAAGAUCACAGUCGCCGGAGUGCGCCAGAAUGUUGAGCAGCUGCUCAACUACUCUCAGAAUGAGAAGAAGAGAAACUUCCUCGAGACCGUCGAGCUUCAGAUCGGUCUGAAGAACUACGACCCCCAGCGUGACAAGCGUUUCUCCGGCACCAUCAAGCUGCCCACCAUCCCCCGCCCCAACAUGAGCAUCUGUGUUCUCGGUGACCAGCACGAUCUCGACCGUGCCAAGCACUUCGGUGUUGACGCCAUGUCCGCUGAUGACCUCAAGAAGCUGAACAAGAACAAGAAGCUCAUCAAGAAGCUUGCUCGCAAGUACGAUGCCUUCGUCGCUUCCGACUCCCUCAUCAAGCAGAUCCCCCGUCUCUUGGGUCCUGGUCUUUCCAAGGCCGGAAAGUUCCCUACCCCCGUCUCCCACGCUGAGGACUUGGCUGGCAAGAUCAACGAGAUCAAGGCCACCAUCAAGUUCCAGCUGAAGAAGGUUCUCUGCUUGGGUGUUGCCGUCGGCAACGUUGGCAUGACCGAGGAUGAGCUCGUCGCCAACACCAUGUUGGCCAUCAACUACCUCGUCUCCCUGCUCAAGAAGGGCUGGCAGAACGUUGGUAGCCUUGUCCUCAAGGCUACCAUGUCUCCUCCCAAGCGUCUCUACUAAGGGGCUCUUAACGCUUUGCUGCGCUGGAGGGUUUAGAGGGAUUAUUAAGGUUUGGGAUUGUAUAGGCCUUAGUUGACUCUACGGAAAUGUGACCCAUGACUUUAUGUCCCUCAAUUGCGCUCUUUUUGUGCUGCAACACGUAGAAUCGUAGUAUGUCUCGUAGGCGCGCAUCCGGUAUCUCGAUGAGAUGUGUGGAAUUCGCUUCAAUAAUUGAUGUGAU